CCGCUCGCUUCACGGAGCUCGGCCAUCGCUUCGCUGCCGCACACCGCCAUUUUCAAUCCGUCAUCAAGGUCCUCAAAAUUCUCGGCAACAACCUAGACCCCAGUAACAGCCAUUCAGUCUCACCGAUUCACACAUGAACGAUAUGAACACGGAUGUUCUCCAGGACAAAGCACCGAGAUACGAGAAAUUAGCGAAGCCGAGAAAGAGGAUCGACAGGAACAUAAACUACAAUGCCUUCAACGUGAGACCAGGAACGUUGUCUUACCAGAUCACCGACACUUUGAACAAACUCGCUCAACCGAAACGAUCACCGGAACCGAAAACCCCUGUCGCGGCAGAUUCAUCGAUCAAAAGUGUUCCCGCAGCUGCCACAGUGAAAUACGGAGCUCACAGGCUGAUAAACAGCGACGAGCAAUCGAAGGACGCGCAGGAAUCGAGGAAAAGGAAUUUUCCUCUGAACACCUACGCCCGCAUCGUCGCAGCUAGGAACAAACGUUUCCCUAGACAUUCGCAAGACCUGACCAAGCCGAAGAAUUAUUCCAGCCGACCGGAAUCCUACGAAGAUUACGACGACUUUCGCAAGAUGAAAAACCCGAACACGAAACCGAUUUUGCGUUUCCCGAAACAAGACACCGCGUGA